ACGCCGUGGUAACAACGUGUGUCCAGUCCGGUUCACCACGGUGCAGUGAGAGUGUGAGGGAGUGAGUCCGGAGCCGCUGUCACCGGCCAUCAUGCAGAUAUCAAGUGUGAACGACGUGAAGAUUUAUAACUUGAGUCACGGGAAGUCUCUUCCUGAGUGGCUUUCAGAUCGCAAGAAAAGACAGCUACAAAAGAACGAUGCAGACAUCCAGCGCAGGAUCGAGCUCAUCCAGGACUUUGAGAUGCCCACAGUGUGCAACUCCAUAAAAGUGUCGAGAGACGGGCAGUUCAUCCUGGCAGUUGGCACUUACAAGCCCAGGGUUCGCUGUUACGACACCUAUCAUCUGUCCCUGAAAUUCGAACGCUGUCUGGAUUCCGAAGUUUUGGCCUUUGACAUCCUUUCUGAUGACUACUCUAAGUUGGUGUUUUUGCAUGCUGACCGUUACGUAGAGCUCCACUCUCAGCACGGACAAUACUACAAGACGCGUAUUCCAAAGUUCGGACGAGACUUUUCUUACCACUACCCUUCCUGUGACCUCUUCUUUGUGGGGACAAGUUCAGAGGUGUUCAGGCUGAAUCUGGAACAAGGGCGCUUUCUCAACUCACUCCAGACGGAUGCUGUGGAGAACAAUGUGUGUGACAUCAACCCCGUUCAUCAUUUGCUUGCCACAGGGACGUCAGAGGGAAGGGUGGAAUGCUGGGACCCUCGUGUGCGGAACAGAGUGGGCAUACUGGACUGUGCCCUGAGCAGCCUCACUGAGGGAACAGAAGUUCAAGGUUUGCCUUCAAUCAGUGCUCUGAAGUUUAAUGGCUCCCUCACCAUGGCAGUCGGCACCAGCACAGGACAGGUUCUGCUGUACGACCUGCGCUCCAACCAACCGCUGCUGGUUAAAGACCACUUCUACAACCUGCCAAUCAAGGCGCUCAACUUCCACGAUCAGCUCGACCUGGUUGUGUCUGCUGACUCCAAGAUUAUAAAAUUCUGGAACAAAGACAACGGCAAGGUGUUCUCCUCCAUACAGCCUCAGGCCAACAUUAAUGAUGUGUGCAUGUACCCUAAUUCAGGUAUGCUCUUCACUGCCAAUGAAGAUCCCAAGAUGAACACCUUCUACAUCCCGGCUCUGGGCCCUGCACCUCGGUGGUGCUCCUUCCUCGACAACCUGACAGAGGAGCUGGAGGAGAGUCCAGAGAGCACAGUGUACGAUGACUACAAGUUUGUCACCCGCAAGGACCUGGAUAAUCUGGGUUUGUCUCAUCUGGUGGGAUCAUCUCUCCUGAGAGCCUACAUGCAUGGCUAUUUCAUGGACAUAAGGCUUUAUCACAAGGUCAAAAGCAUGGCUAAUCCUUUUGCAUAUGAGGAGUAUCGCAAGGAUAAGAUCCGCCAGAAGAUUGACGAGUCCAGGACUCAGAGAGUGCAGGUUACGAAGCUGCCCAAGGUGAACAAGGAUCUGGCUCUCAAGCUGAUGGAGGAGGGUGAUGACCAAGCAGAGCUGGCUUCUAGGAAAAAGAAGGGCAAGACUAUCCCCAGCAUCCUGGGCGACGACCGCUUCAAGAUGAUGUUCGAAAACCCUGAGUACCAGGUAGACGAGCAGAGCGAGGAGUUCCGCCUGCUCAACCCCAUCGUCUCCAAGGUCGGACUGAAGAGGAAGAAGAAGCUGCGUCUACUGGCUCAGCAGGCUGCAGAUUCCGAACAGGCGGCUGACAACGAGGAUGAGCCCGAGGGGCGAGCAAGUUCCGAGGAGGAGAGCUCAGACGAUGACAAGAGCUGGGUGGAGGAGGUGAGGGAGCAGCGGAGGUUGCUGUGGCAGGAGGGCCGAGACCGCCGGCGGCAGGAGAGGAAGGAUGCUGACCGCAACACCGUCUUGCUGAGGGAACAGAAAGGAGGAGAGAAAACCUCUAACAUGGCCGAGGGCAAGAAGACAAAUCAGCCUCAGUUUUAUCAAAUCAAAGCCGGCGAGGAGUUCAGAAGUUUUAACGACAUGGCCCGCAAGCAGAAACUACAGAAGGCUUCACUGGAGGACCGUCUGAAGCUGGAGGAAAAUUCUGGAACCAGCAACGUGAUCGACGCUGCAGUUGGCAGCAAACAGUUAACCUUCACUCUCAAAAAGUCGGAGCAGCAGAGGAAGCAGCUGCAGGCGGAGCGGGAACACCACGAGGAGAGGAAGAAGCUGCGGCGCUCGGCAGGACACCUGAGCAGUGACCGGGGAAGAGGCUGGGGCGGCGGCAGAGGAAGAGGAGGAGUAGGGGGAAGAGGAGGAGGAGGAUGGGGAAGAGGGGGAAGAGGAGGAGGAGGGGGGAGA